UCUACAGGAUAAAGAAGAGAGCUGAGACAAACCAAGUAACAACCUAAAAACAACAUUAAAGGAACCUUAAAAACAACUUUAAAACAACUUUCAGGAAACAAUAACCGGUUGGAUUACAACUUGAAGAGACAAGGAAGUGUUUUUCCUACGUAUUCCACUCUUGAAGAUAGAACAAUAUCAUUAUUUAUUUGGACCUUUUUUUAGUAGUUUUAUUUUUCUUCUCAAACAAAGAUGGCUGCUUCAUCUUGUUCUUCCUCCCUUGCUCCUCUUGUCCUCCUCAUAGUCCUCUCCUCUCUAUCACUGAGUGUGGAGUCCCGACCCUCGCCCCAAACAUCACCUCGGAAACAUGACACACAGGUACUAGAUAAUCUCUUCAGCGCUCAACUCCGCUCUCUGAUCCUCAACCAACCAGACGUCACCUUUGAAGGUUCCACUUCUGACCCUGCUCCUUCCUACCACCAUCCCUCCCAGGGAUUGGCUGGUCGCAGCAUGGGGGCGGGCCAGGGGGUUGGGCCUGUGGUCCCCAGGUUGUUCCUAGACUUUCUGCGCCAACAGAGGAUGUUCCGUGGGCGGAGCAGGAAGAGCGCCACCGCCAGGGGAUGCUUCGGCAUGAAGGUGGACCGCAUCGGAUCUAUCAGCGGCCUGGGAUGCUGAUUGGACAACCACCAGUGGCCUUGUGUUCUGAUUGGCUACCUUUCACCCCACUCCUUCCUGUGUGUGUCAAAGACAGAGGGAAUGCUGGGAGAUCUCUCUCACUGACAGUCAGACGGAUGGAUGGAACAUUCCCAACCCUUGAUAUCUAACCCCUGAACUAUGAACUGUGAUCCUGUGUGACUGUAGAGGUCAUCUCCCUGACCCCACGUGACCUUUAGGUGUUCUGAGGCUCCAUGUGGGAACAAAUACUAAUGACCUUUGACCUCUAGCCCCUGGCUCUGUUACAGCCAGUACAACUAACUCUGGUGUGUGUGUGUGUGUGUGUGUGUGUGUGUGUGUGUGUGUGUGUGUAUAAUGUGUGUGUG